AUGGCCAAAGAAUUAGGAGUUCCACUUGAGGAUUACAAACACAUAAAAACAUUAGUUACAUUACUUGAUGAUCAAGAAAAAGAUCCCCCUUUAACUGACCUGAAACCAUUAAGCUGGUUUACACCUAAUUUUAAAGACAUAAUAAAUGUGGAUUUAUUUGUGCAAAUAACCACAGAUAAAAUUGAACAACUUAAUGUCAUAUCAACACCACUGACCAGCAACCUGUCCUAUGCAGAAAAUCAAGCUUUAAAGGAACUAAGCUCUGAUAAGAAUAUUAUCAUCAAACCCUCAGAAAAGGGGGGAAAUAUUGUCAUCUUGGAAAAAGACAUGUACAUAGAUAUGUGUAUGAUUCAUCUAAAUGAUACAUCUUGUUAUCAGAAACUAAAAGGGGAUCCUACUAAAAAGUACUUAGAAGCAGGAGUUUAA